AGAUGAUGCAGGCAUACAGUUGCGAUAACGUGUUCGUUCGCGCGUGCGUCUCUCUUUCUCUCUCUCUCUCUCUCUAAUUGCUAUAGGCAAUUUUACAGAGAUCUUUUUUUUCUGCAGCGGUGAUUAAAAGGCUUGAGCAGAGCUACCUCCCGCUUGGACACAGCAUGCACUAUACAGGGGACAGAAGACAUGGUUUUGGAAGCGGUGCGCAUGGCGUUAGUAAGACGCAACUUAGGAUUUGUUUGCGCGUCUUGGGUUGGUGCUUACUGACUUGUUAAUUGUUUGUUUAAGUGCUGGACCUCUUCAUCAUGGAGCUAUCCGACGGCUUGGACAGUGAUGUAGAUAAGCUAGCUCCUCAUCUGUUCAAUGACUCCAUUUUCAGUGCAAAUAUGAGCGCAUUGGACGAAGAAGAUGGCCUUCUGCCGACCGGAGUUAAGAUCACGGUGGUUGCGCUGUACUGCAUCGUUUGUGUAGUGGGACUUGUGGGGAACAGCCUGGUCAUGUAUGUCAUCAUCAGGUAUACAAAGAUGAAGACGGCCACAAACAUCUAUAUCUUUAACCUGGCGCUGGCUGAUGCCCUCGUUCUGGCUACUCUACCUUUCCAAGGCAUGGAUGUUCUACUAGGCUUCUGGCCAUUUGGCUUGACUCUCUGCAAGAUGGUGGUGGCCAUUGACUACUACAACAUGUUUACCAGCAUCUUCACUCUGACCGUUAUGAGUGUGAACCGUUACAUCGCUGUGUGCCACCCAGUGCGUUCGCUGGCAGUGCGUACGCCCGAAAGUGCCAAGCUGGUCAAUGUGGCGGUGUGGGUACUGGCUUCUGCCAUAGGAAUACCUGUUAUGCUCAUGGGACAAGUGGAAGCAGAAUCCAAUGGUAUCGAGUGUAUGGUGGUGCUUCCUGAUCCUCGAUGCUAUUCGGAACCUGUAUUCGGUAUCUGUGUGUUCCUUUUCUCUUUUUUGAUUCCAGUGGCUAUCAUAAGCAUUUGUUACGGCUUGAUGGUGCGACGCCUACGUAGCGUUCGUCUCCUCUCUGGCUCCCGUCUCAAGGACCGUAACUUGCGAAGGAUCACGCAGCUGGUGCUGGCUGUGGUGGCUGCAUUUGUGCUCUGUUGGAUGCCUAUUCAGGUCCUCGCUCUAAUUCAGGCUUUGAGGAAGGUGGACUUAGGAGGCAGCCAGACCUCUGUAGCAGCAAUGCACUUCUGCAUUGCACUGGGUUAUGCUAAUAGCAGUCUCAACCCUGUGCUCUAUGCCUUCUUGGAUGAAAAUUUUAAACGCUGUUUCCGUGAGUUCUGCGUGCAAACCAGCACAGAUGUGGAACUGGAACCCCAGCAAAGGAGAUCAGUGAGGAAGGUGGAACAAGAGUUCGUACAAGAAAACGGAGUGGUUAAUGAAGCUGGUGCCAUUCCCAGGUGUGAAGAUUAGAACUAUAACCUGGAGAAUAAAGGUGCUCUAUUUUAAUGCUCACAGCCUUGAACCCUUCUAUGAAUACAGUUUGUGCUGUAAAAUUUGCUUAUCUGUAAAUUCUGUUGCUGUGUUUUGCUGUGUUGUUUAGCUGUGGGACUAAAUACCAGUAAAUUGCCUCAUGGCUUGGGACAAAAGGGCUUAUUCUAUAUCUUUUUAUAGCCACAAUCACUGAAACAUUAAUAUAUUAAAUCUGCCUUAUAUCUAGACACACAGAACUUUCCUUUAUAUGUUUUACAUAUAAGAGCAGGUAUUAGUUAUUGAUCUGUUGCUAUGCACAAUUUUUUAACCCCCUCUACCUAGUGCAUCAAGUGGAUGAUUAAUGCAAUUUAAGCAUAGACAAAACAUCUAUAGUUAAAUAAAGUCAAGGUGGAAGAGUGCUAAAAAAGUUGGUAUUUUUACAUUUAAACUAAUUAAAUGCCAAAUAAAUGUAGGCACAUUACAGGUAGACUUAACAUACAGGCACCUUAUUAUAAUAUAAACCCCUUUAUAGUUUUUUAACCAGCAUGCUGACUUUUAUUUUGAAUAUGUAAACAUUGUAUAUCCUAUAAAUAAUAAAUAUAUUACACUUUAUCACAUUGUAACAAUAUCCCUGUCUACAUAAAUUACAGUCACAUCUGAAAUGUGUCCAGAAACAUAGCAUAGUAGUGUAUAUGUUUGUAAUUAAUAAAUGUCUGCAUUUGA